UGUGUGUGUGUGUGUGUGUGCGUAAACGUCAUGUUUUAGGUUCAUAUUUGUAUCUCAAUAUGAGAUGAUGUUAAACUGCAUUCUAUGUCUCCGUUUGAUGGUUUGAUGGUCUGUGCAACAACUCGCUUUGCUUGACUGAAAAAGUUGCUGCGUUAUGCCACCCGUCAGCAUGGAGGACUUGGAGAUAGAGGAGCUGCUCAAGCGGUACAAGAAAAGAGACUUGGUGCAGACCUACUUUUUUAAAAUGGCAUGUCGUGUGUUUGGGCCACCGAAAUCUCGAGACCGGAUUAUAAUUGCGCCGCCGAUGCAUGUCGUCAACAAAGCGCAGAGAGAACCGGUGGAAGGGCUAAGGCGCAUCACGCCAGCUUCACGGAAAAACAGAAACACCGCGGUGAUGUCAACGGACUCGCCAGCGCAGCCGUUCACUAGUUUUCCAGCUGAAAAUACAGCGAGCCAGGAAUGGGUCGGGGAACGGAGAGCAUUUCGUAAAAUGUUGAACGGAGUCGGUAAUGUGAGCCGGUGGAUUAACAACAAGCCCACAGUCACCGAGCUGGAGCUGAAGGUGGCGGAGAGGGAGGCGAGUGUCCGGAGAGGACGUUCUUCGGUCCGCUCCGAGCCCCACCUGUCACCCGCCCCGAAGAGUUCACUUCCCAUAAUCUGUGAAACUCCGACGCUUCACGCACGAGAUCCGGGGGAGGUACGGAAGCAGCUGCGUGGGCGCGAGACCCUUAUCCUAGAGGUGUGCAGCCAGCUGGACACGAGAGGCACCGGGAGAUUAACCCGCCGCGAUCUGCGCGCGCUCUUUGAAAAAACAGGUAUGAAGGUCUCAGAGGAGAGACUGGAGGCCCUGAUGGCGUCUCUGGGCUGUGAUGGCGGCUGUGUGACGGUGGCUGAGCUGGCUGCUGGGAUCCAGAGCUGGACGGAGGGAGGCAGCAGAGACGAGGAGGGCGGUCAGGCGCUCGCUCACCUCCACACACUCACACACACACUGCUGCAGGAGAGAGAGGAGUGCGACCGCAUCAGGAUAUACCACCAGCAGCGCAGGAAGGGCGGAGUGCUGCUGGAUGAGGAGGAUGUAAUAAUGUAA